AUGGCGACGGCGACGGCGCUACGUCGCUUCGCGAUGGCGCGUCCUCGCUCGCACAUCGCAGCCGUCAAUACGAUGCGGUUCCAGCGUGCGCCGGUGCUCGCUGCUCAGCGCGUGCAUGCCAAUCCCUUCGCAUUCGGUAACCGCAACGUAUUCGGUGCCUUCUACUCGACUGAUAGUAGCGGAAAAGACGACGACAAGGACGAGGAGAAGCCUAAAGACGCAGACGAUGGAGACGAAGGCGUCGAAAUCUUAAUCGAGAACGACCUUGCCACUGUCGGGGAGGGCGACAAUGCCCCUACGUAUCCUCAUGUGCUGGCCAUGCCCGCUCUCCGCCGUCCGUUCUUCCCUGGCGUCGUGCUUCCCAUGACUAUCACGAACCCGGAGGUUACACGUGCACUGAUGGCACUCAAAGAGAGUGGACAGAAAUACGUCGGUGUGUUCCUGAAGAAGUCGAGCGGUGAUCCGCUGAAAUCCGGUGGAGGGGAGGACUUGGUGAAGAACUUGAGCGAGAUCCACCACGUGGGCAGCUUUGCCAGAAUCGACAACAUGCUGCCGUUUGACGCUAAUUCAGUACAAGUACUCAUGGUGUCGCAACGACGCAUUGCUAUCGAUGAUAUCCGAGAUGAAGGACCUCCUCUUCGUGUGAACAUUAGCAACCUGGACAACCCGUCUUUUGACCCGAAGAGCAAGUUGAUCAGAGCAUACUCGAAUGAGAUUGUUGCUACACUGAGGGAGAUCGUCAAGAUGAACCCUCUCUUCAAGGAUCACAUGCAGUACUUCUCACAGCGGAUUGAUAUCCACAACCCGUACAAACUGGCCGACUUUGCUGCGUCUGUGACUUCAGCGGAUGGAGAAGAGUUGCAGCAAGUGAUGGAGGAGAUGUCGUGUGAGGCAAGACUGAAGAAGGCUUUAGAGCUGAUUACCAAGGAGCUGGAGCUUAGCAAGGUGCAGCAAACGAUCAAGGAACAGGUGGAGGAGAAGGUUUCCAAGAACCAACGUAACUAUUUGUUGAUGGAGCAACUGAAGGCUAUUAAGAAGGAGCUGGGCAUGGAAAAAGACGACAAGGACGCCAUGAUCACCAAGUACCGCGAACGACUCGCUCAGUUUGAACCGGGUAGUAUCCCUGAGAAUGUAAACGAGGUCGUGGAAGAUGAACUGAACAAGAUGUCGAUGCUGGAGAAGAACUCUUCCGAGUUUAACGUCACGCGCAAUUACCUGGACUGGCUUACUCAGCUGCCAUGGGGUAAGGCUACUGAGGAGAACUUCGACCUUGCGAAGGCGAAACAGAUCCUGGAUGAAGACCACUACGGACUCAAGGACAUCAAGGAGCGCAUCUUGGAGUUUAUUGCAGUCUCCAAACUCAAGGGCGAUGUCCAGGGCAAAAUUAUCUGCUUCGUUGGCCCUCCUGGUGUCGGUAAGACGAGUAUCGGCAAGUCCAUUGCUCGCUCGUUGAACCGCGAGUUCUACCGCUUCUCCGUUGGCGGCCUCAGUGACGUUGCAGAGAUCAAGGGACAUCGUCGCACGUAUGUUGGAGCCAUGCCGGGCAAGAUCAUCCAGUGUUUGAAGUCGACUCAGAGCUCGAACCCACUGAUCUUGAUCGAUGAGAUCGACAAGUUGGGACGUGGAUACCAGGGAGAUCCGGCGUCGGCCUUGUUGGAGUUGCUGGACCCCUCGCAGAACAGCGGCUUCGUGGACCACUACAUGGAUGUGCCUGUUGAUUUGUCUCGAGUUCUCUUCAUCUGUACCGCCAACGUUACGGACACUAUCCCCGGACCGCUGCUGGAUCGAAUGGAAGUCCUGCGUCUGUCGGGCUACGACUCCCCGGAGAAGCUGGCGAUCGCUAAGGAAUACCUUGUGCCUAAAGCUCUAGAGAAAACGGGUCUUCAAAAGUCCGAGACUACUCCUGAGUCACUGGGCUUGACGGAUGAAGCUAUUCUGACGCUGGUCAAGCAGUACUGCCGUGAAAGCGGCGUGCGUAACUUGGAGAAGCACGUGGAGAAGGUUUUCCGCAAGGUUGCUCUUGAGGUGGUUGAAGAUAUCGAGAAAGCAAAUGCGGUUAAGUCCCAGGAGGCUGGCGAGUCGACUGCUGCGGAAGACACAGAGGAAUACAAGGAUCGUUUCCUCAUCUCACCGGAGAAGCUGUCGAAAUAUGUCGGCAAGCCGGUCUAUACGUCUGACCGCAUGUUCGACAAGCAGUUCCCUGGCGUUGUGAUGGGACUUGCCUGGACAGCUAUGGGUGGUGCAUCGCUAUACAUUGAGACGACCAAGGUGCACACGAAGGGCGACCGCUCGGGACUGAUCACCACGGGCCAGAUGGGAUCUGUGAUGGAGGAGAGUACGAAGAUCGCGCACACGUAUGCUCGUAGCAAGAUGCACGCAAUUGACCCAGAGAACAAGUUCUUCGAGGAAAAUGAGGUGCACUUGCACGUUCCAGAGGGAGCUACUCCGAAGGACGGACCAUCGGCUGGUUGCACUAUGGUGACGGCACUGCUUUCUCUCGCCAUGGACAAGACGGUGAAGCCCGACCUGGCUAUGACUGGAGAGCUGUCGCUUGUGGGUAAGGUGCUUCCUGUUGGUGGUAUCAAGGAGAAGACGAUUGCAGCCAAGCGAUCAGGCGUCAAGACUCUUAUCCUACCACUCGGCAACAAACGCGACUUCGACGAGCUGGAAGAGUACCUGAAAAAGGAUCUGGACGUCCACUUCGCUGACUACUACGACGAUGUGUAUAAGGUCGCUUUUGAGCAGUAG